AUGUCUUACAGAAUACCAGAUAACCCAAUUAAAAAGGCAGAAGCCUGUCACUCGACUCUUCGUCAAAAGAACAGAAAUGACUUGAUGAAGAAGAGAAGAAUUAUACCAGACGGACCAUUCGACAGAGCACAAAUUGACUCUUCUAACAACCAAAGUCAUUUUGUUUUGGAUGUCAAAUUUAAAUUGGAGUCACGGUGCACGGAUGUUGUCACACAAGCACUCAUUGCAUUAAAACAGUUUGUGAGACAAACUGACGGAUAUUGCUUCGAAGAAUUGGCGAAGAAUAAAGUAGUACCAAUUCUAGUCAAUAUCGUUUCAUGUGAUAAUGUUAUACAACUCUCGUUAUCAUUGACUAUUCUUGCUCAAAUAGCGUCGUCUUCUUCACAAGUUGUGAUGGAUGAAAUAUGGGAGAGUGGUGCAUUUGAGCUUUUCGUCAACAUACUCGAGAGCACAUUUUCAAUUUCAAAAAGCAACUUGUUCCAAGCAGCCGCUAUUGGGUUUGGCAACUCAGUUCUGUCGGGAGGAAAAUUCCUUGACUUCGUAGUGCGGAACAACGUAUUCAAAAUGUUCUCAAUUAAUUUUGUAAAAGUGGUGGAGUGUAUGGACCAAAGUGUCCCCGAAGCGUUUGUCUUUGCUGUGUCGCGAAUGGCUACAAAUAAUGGACUACGACAAGAUGAAUUUGAGUGUGCUAUCCAUUUUGUUUUGAGCUGCAGAAACCUCACAAAUUUUGAGGACGUUAUAUUUCUUUUGAACUACUUUUCAAGUGAUUCGAGUUUGGAUGAAAGUGUCAAGGCAAUCGCAAUAAAGUAUAUAUGGGGCUUUGAAGAAACGGCGAGUGUGUGUCGGAAUGUGCUUGGGAAAAACUUCUGUUCGUGUCAAAGUAAUGAAAUCAAUUUUUUGAUUCAAAGCAUAAGACUGAGUCCUGAUGUCUCACCUCAAAUCGAAGGACUGAUAAAGUUUGUGGUGAACACGCUCGGUACAAGUCAAAGCGAUGUUUUUGAAAGUAAGUGCAUAUUAUUGUCAUGUCUGUCUGAAAAUCCCAUGACAAGUGGAGAAGUGUUAAAGUGUAUUAUGAAGCAAAAUGAGUGUUGUAGCUUUUUGAUAAAAAAGAUGAAGGAUGAGAACUUUGAAACUGCGAAGUCUGCUGGACUGUUUGUUUCUAAGUGUGUCUCAGUGUACUUUGAAAACCAGCAGAUUAUUGUCCGAUUUGAAGAAAAUGGUGUAGUCGAUGGUAUAGUCAGCCUUUUGCAACGAAGUGGACUUAGAAAUGAUUACACAAGUCUUACUUUUAUCCUCACAACACUCUUUACACUCUUUUUUUAUCAAAGCAAUGUUUCAAUCAGCGAAGAGUAUUUGUUUGAACCAAUUAAUCAAUUUGAGGAACUUGGAGGCUAUCAAAUUCUUCAAGAACUCAGUACAAUCACAAACCCACAAAUAAAAGAGCUUAUAAACUCUUUGGGAAUGUCCUUAUCGAAACAAAACAACGACGAUCUUUAA